UUGCGCCACUCCCCUGCUCAGACACAGCGGUUACAGUUUAACAAAUCCUGCACUUUGCAGAUAAAUUCUUCCAAAUGCAGGCAGCUGCACUAUAAUACCAGUUAUAUUGCGCUCCCUCUCUUAUGAAAUCGACACUAAAACACUGCAACCUGAAAAUGGGUUAGAGGGGAGAUUUAUGGAUUAUUCACUUACACCACGUUGAAAGGAUGGGGAGCUAGGUUUUUAAUAUUAAUGCAGAAGAUUAAAGAAGAAUAAACAGGAUAAACGACUGGAAUUGUUUCUUUUUUCUUUUUUCUUUACUUUUUUGAGAAAUGAUUGUAGAGUUAGUGUGCAGCGCUGUGGCAGUUGUCCUCAAUUUGAAUACACUGGGUGCUGAUUUCUGCUACGAUGACAGCCGUGCUAUCAAAACCAAUCAGGACUUGCUACCGGAAACUCCCUGGACACACAUUUUCUACAAUGACUUUUGGGGGACCCUGCUUACCCACAGUGGCAGCCACAAGUCCUACCGCCCACUCUGCACUCUCUCCUUCCGCCUUAACCACGCCCUGGGGGGCCUGGACCCCUGGGGCUACCACCUUGUCAACAUUCUGCUGCACUGCAGUGUCACCGGCCUCUUCACCCGCCUCUCACGGCUCCUUCUCGGGGGCGGCUACUGGACCCUGGUGGCGGGGCUGCUCUUUGCCUCACACCCUGUGCAUACAGAAGCUGUGGCAGGGAUUGUGGGCAGGGCGGAUGUUGGUGCUGCCCUCUUCUUCCUGCUUUCUCUGCUUUGCUACAUGCGAUACUGCUCCCUGAGAGGGCACUCUGCCCACUGCUGGCCCUGGUUGCUGGGUAGCUUUGCCUGUGCGGCCUGCAGCAUGCUGUGGAAAGAACAAGGGGUGACUGUUUUGGCUGUCUCAGCAGUUUAUGAUGUCUUUGUGUUCCACAGGUUCAAAUUUCAUCAAGUCAUCUUGCUUAUUUUUAAGAAAAAGAAUACCUCCCUGCUUCUCAGCGUGAGCUCCUUGGCUGUCUGGGGUACUAUCUUACUGGUGACCCGCUUGUACUGGAUGGGCAACAAGCCACCCAGCUUCUCCAACUCGGAUAACCCAGCAGCUGACUCACACAGCCUCUUGACGAGGACUCUGACAUUCUUCUAUCUGCCUUCUGUCAACAUGUGGCUGCUGCUGUGCCCGAACACCCUGAGCUUUGAUUGGUCCAUGGAUGCCGUGCCUCUACUCAGGAACGUUGGCGACUGGAGGAAUCUUCACACUGUGGCCUUUUAUGUUGGAUUGCUGCUCCUGGCUUGGGUCAGCCUCAGGAGUCCCUCGAGGGUCGAGGAGACCAAUGGGAAAGCAUAUGUAAUGAAUGGGAAACAUACAGGCACAAACGGGAAGCAUACAGGCACAAACGGGCACAGUUGUCACCCAGACAUGGGACUCCCAAACUCAGAGUCUCGUCCUGUAAAAAGUACUGAGAAUGGUAUAAAGAAUCAUGUUAUUCCAAGGACGCCAUUGCCCACCACGAAAAACAUAGUGGUCUUCUCUUUAGGGCUAUUGACAGUGCCCUUUCUCCCUGCCACUAAUUUGUUUUUCUAUGUGGGUUUUGUAAUCGCAGAGCGUGUACUCUACAUACCCAGCAUGGGCUUCUGCUUGCUGGUGACUGUGGGCAUGAGGGCCCUUUACAUCAAAUUCAGGAGGAGGUUCUUGAAGAGCCUUCUGUUGUACUGCACUGCCACCUUGGUCCUUUUGUACGGGAUAAAGACAGUGUUGAGGAACCAAGACUGGCAGGAUGAGGAGAUGUUAUACAAGUCAGGGAUAAAUGUAAACCCAGCGAAAGCGUGGGGUAACCUUGGGAAUGUCCUCAAAAGCCAGGGCAAGAUGGCAGAGGCUGAAAAGGCCUAUAGAAACGCCUUGUACUACCGCAGCAACAUGGCUGACAUGCUGUAUAAUCUAGGUUUGCUGCUACAAGAAAACAAGAGGUUCUCUCAGGCACUGCACUACUAUAAGCUGGCAAUUGGUAGCAGGCCUACAUUAGCUUCUGCAUACUUGAAUACAGGGAUCAUCCUGAUGAACGAGGGAAGGCUAGACGAAGCCAGGCGAACGUUCCUGAUGUGCGCUGAAAUCCCAGAUGAAAACCUGAAGGACCCUCACGCACACAAGAGCUCUGUAACCAGCUGCCUCUAUAACCUGGGGAAGCUCUUCCAUGAACGAGGGCAGCAUGAGGAGGCCCUGUCAGCAUAUAAAGAAGCAAUACUGAAAAUGCCAAGACAAUUUGCACCCCAGAGCCUAUACAAUAUGAUGGGAGAGGCCUACAUGAGGCUAAACAAACUGACAGAAGCUGAACACUGGUACCGGGAGUCACUGCGAGCCAAGCCUGACCAUAUCCCAGCUCACCUCACGUAUGGAAAGCUACUGGCUCUUAUAGGACAUAAGCUUGAAGCAGAAAGGUACUUUUUGAAGGCAAUUCAGCUGGAUCCCACAAAGGGAAAUUGCUAUAUGCAUUAUGGUCAGUUUUUGUUGGAACAAUCCCGCUUGCUCGAAGCAGCUGAGAUGGCAGGGAAGGCUGCACAGCUUGACAGCACAGAGUUUGAUGUGGUCUUUAACGCAGCCCAUAUGCUCAGACAAGCCAGUCUCAAUGAAGCAGCUGAGAAAUAUUAUCGACUUGCAGCAGGCCUAAGACCUGAUUAUCCAGCUGCCUUGAUGAACCUUGGGGCCAUCCUCCAUCUUAAUGGAAAACUACAAGAUGCAGAAGUAUAUUACCUCCAAUCACUUCAACUCAAACCAGAUGACAUCAUCACUCAGUCCAACCUUCAAAAACUGUGGAACAUCAUGGAGAAACAAGGGCUAAAGACCUUGGGCACAUGACACAAGCAUUGAAGUUGAACAUUAUCCAUGAAGGAAAAACAACAUAUAAAAAUAAAUAGAAGCCACAUGGUGGAUAUCAUGUGCUAAUUUGGCCCUCUAAAGGUGUUAAAAUAGUCCCCCCUAAUGAGAUGUUACCAUGGGAUACAGUAUCUGUUAAAUUAACUGUUAGACUAGCAAGAGCCAGGAACCGUGUGUAAAACGGGAGCACUUAACUUGAAGCAGGACAUUGCUGCAUACUUGAAAUCUGGUGGUAAAGCUGAUAUAGGUUGGCAAUCAUUGUUUGGUUCUCUUGAGACCAUUAACCAUCUUGGGAAGGUGAAAGACCGCACAAAACAUCGAGAGCUGAAAUGAAACCUCUAGGUGUGUGAUAGUAAAAUUAGGCUUGUGUCUGUAAUUCAUCUCAAAAGCUGUGGUUUCGUGAUGUCAACAGAUAGCUUGUCAGUUUGAUGGUUUUCAUUGGCAUCACAGGCAACAUGUUGUGAAAGACGUAUUUUGCCAAGCCUUUACACUAACACUUCACUUACAUUAACAACAUCAAACUACCACAUUGGCAAGGAUUGCUUGUGACAGCUCUCUUCAUUGUACUCCAAACAGUAAACAGCUGCCGUUACAAGGAGAGCUGUAUUGAGAAAGCGCAUAAUCUCCUUGAAAAGAUUGAGGGACUUGAGAGUUUUCCAAAUUAUUAUAGCAAGGAAAGGAAAAGCAUGAAUCUCCCAAAUUAUUAUAGCACAGAAAGCAAAAACAAGAGUUAUCCCUUGUAGAAAAUGAUAUUCCAGUUUGUGUCACAAAAUUACCUUUCACAGACAUUGGAUAAUGGGUAUCAGACGUGUAAUAUGGAAACAAAUCAAAACUUUGGCAUACAAUUACAUUGUUAAAUUCAAAUAAUAGUUUGUGGCACAACUGACUUGAAUUUAACUUUAAAUAUUUUAUUGCAGCCUAACAAACUAAAAGUGGAAGUUCUGUAUGAGUAUCAGUAUUAAAGUAAUAGCUAAGGUAGGUGUUUUACUGUUUCUUUUAUUAAGUCAUGUUUGUAACCUCGGUCACGCUUUAUUAACAGUUUGUUUAACUGUUAACAAACAGCUAAUAAACAUGUUAAUGUAGCUUAUUUAUUUUCUGUUAACUGUUAGAUAAUAGUAUAUAACAGGCCAGCUAAAACUGCAAACACCGGUGCCCUAUGGAUGAUCAAUCAAACACCAGAGCCCUAUGGAUGAUCAAUACCCAGUCGAUCAUAUGCUUGAAAUCAGUUCAAAUUGUUACUGUAGUAAUGUUUGGCAAAUUAAAUCAGGUUUUUAUUAACCCUAACCUAACACUAACACUAACCCUUAGCUAAAAAUUAACAAAGUUUGUUAACAGUUAACAGCCCUUAAAAUAAAGUGUGACUGUAACCUCUACUUGAAACAUGACAGUCAAAAAUAACCCUGUGGGUUUAAAUUGUAAAGGAAUGGACACUGUUCAGAGAUAUAAUAUUAUUGAGAGUGAUUCUGCCUCUUAGUUUACAAUCACUUAGAUAGAAAUAACAUGCAUUAUAUAGCCAUGUUACAUUUACUAUUAACAUUUGAUACUUACCAGUUCUUACACUUUGUACUGUUUGUCUAAAGAUUCUCCAGUGGUUUGACAUGGGACUAGACAACAUGGAAAAUAGUCCUCAAAAUUCGUACGAUAAAACAACCUUUUUUGUGAAGAAAGGAACUCAUUUAUUUGUUUGGUACAUAUUUUUUUCACAAAAUGGUUGUUUUAUAAAUGAGAAGAACUUAUUAAUACCACUACAAAUUAUGAGGUUUGGUUUGGAAAAAAACAUUUGAGACAGGAGGUAUGUACAGGAGAUUUGAGUAAAAAUUAUUAUUUUUUCCUAUGGUCGGGUGUUGCAGUCAAAUUUGACACAGCACCCGCAAUAUUAUUUACAAAAAAAAAACAAAACAUGAAUACAAGGACAAGUUAGACAAAAAAUGAGGGUAUUGUCAUUUAAUUUAAAUAUGUAUUAAGUCAGUUACAAUGUUGAAAAAGGUAUAUGUAGGAAAUGUACCUCUGUACUCACACACCCAAGCAAUGGGGGUUGGCUGGGCCUGUGAAGCUGAAGGAUUGACCUCUAUCCUUAUGCAGAAUAUAUUAAUGUAUAGUUUGCUUAAAACUUGACUACAGUAGAGUCUAAAGCCACAACUGAUUACAGUUCUAACCAAAUAGCUGUACAAAUGUUGCACUCAUUUAAUAAUUCACAAAUCAUAGAACUAUUUUGUGUACGUAAGGGAUUCUUUAAAUGUAUUUUCUUUUUCAUUGUUAUUAAAUCCUUAUAUUCCUGUGUAUGACAAAACACUUUAAUAUAUAAAAAGGCUGCAUGAAUUGCAACCACAAUUAGUCAAAUUGAUCAAGGGCAGUGAAUCUUCAAGGUGGGAUCAGAAAAUAUAUAUAUAUUGAAAUGGUAACCCAACAUUUAACUUAUUAUGGGAUUGCAUUGUGCUUUGUGCUAGCUGAAUGGCUGACGACGUGUGUAAUUAUCACUUUAGAUUUGUUUAUAUUUUUUGUUUUUCUUUUGUUAUUCUUGCUUUUUAAAAUGUUAUGUUAAACUUUAACAUCCCUUCCUGAUCUGUUAACAGAAUGUCCCCUUGAUUACAAAAGUAACCAAUUUUGCUUUGUUUUCAUUACAACAAUAGAACUCCAUUUGAUAGUGUUUGAGCUGCAGUUUGGAAUCGAUGGUAACCAAAGUCAAGUUUGAAUUUGACUUUGGGUCCCUGUUGAAUUUCCCACAAGGGUGCCCUUUGGAAUGCAUAACCUUGGUAUUAUGUGAGCAACUGUAUAUAAUACUUUCUACUGUAUUUAUAUACCAUAUUCACUGGUGUGUGGUACUAUGUAUUAUACCCAUAAGUACAAAGAGCUACAAAAACAAUUUCUUUGUAUCUUACCUCAUAUGUAUUGUCAUUUAUUUUCAGAGCUAUAAAGAACAAAAUGUACCUCCCGCUCCUUGUAGAUAUUUCAAUGCUGCAGCCCUGCAGGGUUCCUGCAUUCUGCUUCAAGAGGUCACAUGAAGCAAAGCAGAAACUUGUGAACCCUAGGAAAAGCAACGCUUGGUUAUGGUACUGAAAGCAUGUCAAAGCGUGAGGCUUAUUCAAGUUUGAAUGUAAAACUCCCAGAAGUAAACCCCUCCGUAACUAAUCACUGUCCAGACAUGUGUUUUAUACAGUGCACUCUGUUUAGAAGAAUCACUGAUAUAAGCAACCACAUAUAGUGAUCAAAAUCACUGAGAUACUAACAUACUGAUUCUGCACCACAGUAAUCAUAUCGGUCCGCUUUUAAGAAUCAACCACUUAUAUGAAUCAAAUCACCUAGAAUGGAUGUUAUUCUUAUAAACGGAGUGCACUGUAGUAGAAAAUGUGAGAUAUAUGAAGUGAUGGCAAUUAGGUAAGAACUAUUUUGUUAGCUCUGUGUACUUUUAUGUGUCUGUAGUGAACCGCUUAAUCUUUCCAUGCCAACCAAUAAAUAAGAAGCAAAUAAACUGAAAUUAUGUAAUCUCUGCAUAGAAAGACCUUAAUGUUUGUCAUUUUUAGGCUUUAUACUGAUUUGGUUGGUUUAUUGUACUUGACGGGACAACUGCAGCUUUGAUUUUUCUUCAAAAAAGAAAUGUUAGAAUUACAAUUCCCCAUUGUCAACAUCCAAAGUUGCCCUCUCAAGAUUACAGUAAGCAUGCAUAUAACGCUAUAAUUAGAAAGUCAUGUAUGCCCUAUAUCUAGAGAUUUAUUUGUAUUCUCUCUCCUUUGAACUGUGUUUUGGUCGCCUUAGAGUUAGGUAAUACGCAUCUCCACAAUUCUGUAAUUUUCUACAUCUAAUGGAACAUCAAUAGUCUUCAUGUGUGGCUGCAUCAGUGGUUGCAUCAAUGUUGACACUGUGUUUUACAUAGUAAUCAUAGCUGGGUCUGUCACAAAGUGAAACAUUUAACCUAACCGGCGCUGUGGGCUACCCACAGUCCUGCUUCGAUAGAACUUGCAAAUUCUUCUGGUAGAGGAGCUAUUUUAAAUAAUGUUAAGUGUUGCAAUAUGUGUCUGCUCAGGGAUUUCAAAUGGUGGCUUAUUGCAGACAGUGCUUGAAGGAGCACAUGGCAAGUUUACUAAAUUUAAAAGUUUUAUUUUUUGAAAAUUGUUGUAUUUGUAUAAAUUACCAGGAUUUGUAGCUUUACUUUUGUAAGAUAUAAGCAAAUGAUUAUGUGCCAGAUUAGACUUUCCCAAAUGUUCUUUUUCCACAAUAAAGCAAUGGUAACUUGCAUUCACAUUAAGACUGUGAUUUUUCAUUAUGAUAAUAUUUCUAACAUCCAUUACCAGCACAUGCUUAGUACUGCUGGCAUCUUACCACUUAUUUGAUUACACCUUUUUUAUUUUGGUUCAUAAGUAGGAGGUAUAAGGCAAACACAUCUGAAGUGAUCAUUCAGGGAAUUGUGAAAUU